AUGCCUCAUAUUACAACAGGUCCUCAGGCUGCAACACAGCUCCACGCUAAGACCAACACGCGCGCUUCAUGGUGCCUGGAGCUUGAGCUCGCUCUGGCGUGCACGGGUUAUGAUCUGACGAACUCAGUCUUCUCGCCCGAUGGCCGGAAUUUCCAAGUCGAAUAUGCGGUCAAGGCAGUGGAAAACGGCGGGACGUCCAUUGGAAUCAGGUGUAAAGACGGGGUGGUACUUGCUGUUGAGAAGGUUAUCUCCAGCAAACUGCUAAAGCCUGGAGCGAACAAGCGUAUUGCGACGAUCGAUAGACAUAUGGGUGCGGUAUCGUCUGGCCUCGUACCUGACGGCAGACAUUUCGUAUCCCGAGCCCGCGAUGAAGCAGCAAGCUGGCGAUCCGUCUACAAAACCCCUAUCACAGUCAAAGAUCUCGCUAGCCGAAUGGGCGGUUACCUCCAAGCAUAUACUCUUUACUCCUCCGUACGACCCUUUGGCAUCACCGCCAUUGUAGGAGGCUGGGACUCCGAGCUUGAGUUACCUGUCGACGGUCAAGUUGGUGAGGGACCUUCGAUUGGUGCAGGUGGAAAGGUUGAAGGCAAGACAUAUGGUGGACCAGGCUUGUACAUGAUCGAGCCGAGCGGAAUGUACUGGGGCUACUAUGGUGCCGCGACCGGCAAGGGCCGACAAACUGCCAAGGCUGAACUGGAGAAACUGGAUCUUGCCGCUGGGAACUUAAGUCUCGAGGAUGGUGUCAAGGAGGCUGCGAGGAUCAUCUAUGUCGCACACGCAGAUAACAAGGAUAAGGAGUUCGAGUUGGAGAUGACGUGGAUUAGCAGGUUGGAUGGCCCAACGAAGGGGAAGCAUCAAGAGGUACCCAAGGAGCUACUGGAGGAGGCUGAGAGGUUAGCCAAGAAGCACUUGGAGGGUGAUGAUGACGAGGAGACCAAGGAGGAUGAUAAGCCUGCUGAAGGGGAUCAAAUGGAGGAGUAA